CAAAAUCUGCACCCUGGCAGGACUCCACAAGCACAGGUCUGUGUGUGAUUGGUCCGCACAGCCCUUGUGCCCGGUCGGGGGGAGUCUUCAGUUAGGUCCAGUAACAGUCAGUGUUCCGGUCGCUCAGGGCUCACAGUCCAGCCCUUCUUACGAGGGAAGUGUGGUCAGCAGGCUGCCUCCAACUGCCAGCCCCUUCAGAUCAGAGCCCUCCUGGAGUCCACGGGGCUUGUGGGCUGUUGGGGGCACCCGAGCUCCCCUCCCUCUGCCCCACUGCCCCUUUUUCUUAAAGUGUGUGUCCCAGGUGCGCACCCUAAUACGUGUCUGCACACCAGACACCGGCCUCGGUUCUGGGGGAUCCCGCUUACCCCCCGGAAUGGGGAGCCACUCAUGGGCAGAGACACCAUGAGUCAGGCGGAGUAAAGGCAGAAUCCCCCUGAGGUCUGCACAUGCCACACGGUGUGGAUGGCCUGGUGCUCCCCUCAGCCCAGUGCUCUGGCUGUUGCUAGAAGGUGCCGGAACAUUCCUCUCUUGAGCUGGCUGCCCUCCCCUCAAGACCCGUCCUCAUUCCUCCUGUCCGUUCCCUGUGUUCUUGGCACUCACUCUUGGUGGGAGGUGUUGCUCUGUGGGCACCGGCACAGGUGAGGUCUGUGGGUGCAGCAGGUGGGACGGGCGACGGCCGGGGUGGCACUGGCUCUUUAAGGGCGACAUCACAAGGCUGCGGAAGGCCAGGCAGUGGUGGAACUCCAGGGCUGUUUCUGGAGCGUCUACGGCACUGGAUUUCCACCUCCAUGGGGCUGCAGGCCCAUACGUGAGCACCUAAAGACGUGGCCAUGGCCGAGGGGAGUGAGCUGAUGAACAGGCUCAUGAGUGAGAAUGCAGACCUGAAGAAGCAGGUGCGCCUCAUGAAGGAGAACCAGAUGCUGAAGCGUCUGCUCAGCGAGAGCUGCCAGGAGCGCUGUGGCCUUGGGAGCCGGGACCUGCCCUUCCCCAAGGCACCCGCCUACCCCGAGGACAGCUCCCCCGGGAGCGCAGGUGCAGACUUUGGAAGGUUCAGUGGCGUCCCUGAUGCACCCUCCCAGCUGCAGACGUCCUCCCUGGAGGACCUGCUGUGCUCACAUGCCCCCAUCUCCAGUGAGGAUGACGCCUCCCCUGGCUGUGCCACCUCCUCCCAGGUGCCCUUCAAGGCUUUCCUCAGCCCCCCAGAGCUGCGUGCACCCCGAGGCACUGACAGGAAGCUGUCCCCGCUCCUGAACCCCUUGCAGGACCCACUGGCAGACAAGACCCUGCUGGAGCCCAGGGAGAUGGUCCGGCCCAAGAAAGUGUGCUUCUCAGAGAGCAGCCUGCCGUCUGGGGACAGGACGAGAAGGAGCUACUACCUUAACGAGAUCCAGGGCUUCUCCAGCGCUGCGAAGGACGGGCGCAUCGUCGGGGAGAUCGCCUUCCAGCUGGACCGGCGCAUCCUGGCCUAUGUCUUCCCGGGAGUGACCAGGCUGUAUGGCUUCACCGUGUCCAACAUCCCUGAGAAGAUCAAGCAGACAUCCAUCAAGUCCCUGGAUGGGUCGGUGGACGAGAAGAAGCUUCGUGAGCUGACACACCGCUACCUGAUGCUGACCGCGCGCCUGGAGAGGCUGGGUUACAACCGUGAGGUGCACCCGGUGUUCAGCGAGUUCCUCAUCAACACCUACGGCAUCCUGAAGCAGCGGCCCGACCUGCGCGCCGACCCGCUGCACAGCAGCCCGGCCGCGCUGCGCAAGCUGGUCAUCGACGUGGUGCCCCCCAAGUUCCUGGGUGACGCGCUGCUGCUGCUCACCUGCCUGUGUGAGCUCUCCAAGGAGGACCGCAAGCCGCUCUUCGCCUGGUGAGCCCGUCCGCACCCGCCGUGCCUUGCCUGCAAUAAACAUGUUUGUUCCAAACCCGGGGGCCACGUGCCUCCUGCGUGUCCCCUCCGGCCCAGGGCAGGGGCCCAGUCUGCCGACAGGGCGCCCGGGGCCACAGGCGCCUCUCACCAACCGGGCCGCGCCCCGGGCACCCGGCCCGCCCGCCGCCCACCCCUGUGCGGCACUGUGGCACUUUAUUAAAAUCAUCUGUUUUCCUGUGUACCUUUA